CUGUGUAGUUUAAGGAAAUCAGCUUUGCUUACGACGUGCUCACUAACCCUGAGAAGAAGGAGCUCUACGAUCGGUAUGGAGAACAAGGUUUGCGGGAAGGAGGCGGGGGUGGCCCUGGGAUGGACGACAUCUUCUCCCACAUCUUUGGCGGUGGCCUCUUUAGCUUCAUGGGCGGUCAGGGAGGCCGCUCCAGGAACGGAGGACGUAGGAGAGGCGAGGACAUGGUUCAUCCGCUCAAAGUGUCGCUGGAUGACCUUUACAAUGGGAAAACAACAAAACUGCAGCUUAGCAAGAAUGUCCUGUGUAGUUCCUGUAAUGGACAAGGAGGCAAGACGGGUGCAGUCCAGAAAUGUACGGCGUGUAGGGGGCGGGGCAUGCGCGUCAUGAUCAGACAGCUGGCCCCAGGAAUGGUCCAACAGAUGCAGUCUGUGUGUACCGAUUGUAACGGUGAAGGUGAAGUCAUCAGCGAGAAAGACCGUUGUAAAAAAUGUGAAGGCAAAAAGGUGGUGAAGGAGGUGAAAAUUCUGGAGGUCCACGUAGACAAAGGCAUGAAGCACGGGCAGAAAAUCACCUUCGGAGGAGAAGCUGACCAGGCGCCUGGAGUGGAGCCUGGAGACAUAGUGCUUGUUCUGCAGGAAAAAGACCACGAGAUAUUUAGACGAGAAGGAAAUGACCUCUCUAUGACUCACAAGAUCGGGCUGGUGGAGGCGCUGUGCGGCUUCCAGUUCAUGCUGAAGCAUUUGGAUGGAAGACAGAUUGUUGUCAAAUAUCCUGCAGGAAAAAUCAUCGAACCAGGCUCGGUCAGGGUGGUGCGGGGAGAAGGGAUGCCACAAUACAGAAACCCGUUUGAGAAAGGUGACUUGUUCAUCAAGUUUGAUGUCCAGUUUCCGGAAAACAACUGGAUCAGCCCAGAGAAGCUCCUGGAGCUGGAGGACAUGCUGCCCUCGCGGUCGGAGCCGCCCAUCAUCACCGGCGACACUGAGGAAGUGGACCUGCAGGAUUACGAUGCCAGCCAGAGCUCAUCGUCCGGCGGCCGCAGAGAAGCGUACCACGACAGCUCGGACGACGAAAGCGGCCAUCAUGGGCCGGGUGUGCAAUGUGCCCAUCAGUAAUCUCCUGUUUUCAGACAUGCACGCAUCUAUACAUAUGCAUAAGUUGAAGAGCUGACAGGAGGUGUGUGAGCCUGAAAUGACAGAAUCCAGUACAUGGUGCACCUUGUAAUUGCUACUUCAUGUCAUUUACUCAAGUGCUGAAAUCUUUUGAUCUGCGUCUGAGGAAGUGGCCUGAUGGGUAGCCAGAUUAUUACACUGCUCCUAGAUACAAAUUAAGAUAUAUAUAUAGAAAUAAGUUGAUGCCCCUCCCCUUUACCUCAACCCACCCUGUCAGAUCCUCUCAUUUAAUGGGAGCAUCCAGAAAAGGUGAAACAAAAGCUUCUUGGUUGCAGAGUGUGUGACUUGCAUUUUUGUUAUAGUAUUUACAUUAAUUUAAGAACUAACCGAUGCGCACACAGGCGAAGCAGCGGAGCGAUGUGACAAAACUAUUAUUUCUCAUUGAUUCAUGGACUCAACUCAGCGACAUUUGUAGGACUCGUUUCUGAUUUUUACACCUUUUUUUUUUUCUUUGUAGGAUUUUUAUGUGUUUUUUCUUUAUUUACAUUUUAAUUCAAGUAGAAAUUUGGUUGUGUAUAUCAUUCAAGUGGUUGUUGUUAAGCUUCAUCAACUGCUACACUCUGAGCUGUGAUUUUUAAAAAAAAAACAUUAAAUCAUUAGUAAAAUGGAGAAAAAAACCCCAACCCUGCUAUAGUCUGUUUUCUGUGCUGAAACCAUUUGCAUGUAAAGGAGCUUUGGUUCUCGCACUUACCGAGCAUAAAGUAAAGCAGCACUCUUCUUAAGAAAUGUCUAUGAAGUUGUGAAAUAAACUGUUGAAAUAUCA